AUAUGAAUGAAAAUAUUGAAGAUGAUAAACAAUGUUGUGUCAUCAUGAAGUGUAAAAUGAAUGAAGAUAAAAAAAAGAAUGAAGGUAACAAAAUGAAAGAGGUAGUUAGUACAGGCAAUAAUGAACCACCACAAACAAGCAAUGAAGAAAAUAAAAACUCACCUUUAUCAAAUAAGAAUGAAAAAAAGAGAACCUUCUUUACGAAUGGAGUAAAAUAUACUCUUAUCACUUGUAUUGUAGAGGAAUUUUUUCA